GUAGCAGCCCUAGUCAAUUAGCUAGAACACAUUCAGAGUCUGAAGUUUACUUAUUUGACUUUAUCACUGAGGCAACAAAGUUAAUGUAGCUAACAAGCAAUUAGUGUCAGUUAGCAUGGUGCUAACAUUCUUAGACCACGAGAAGGUGUUCAGUCAUCGCUAAUAGAGUUCAUAAUGUGGUUUCUAACACAGGUUACUCGCUGUUAUCAGUAAGCAGGCAAUAAAGUUUACUAACCAAGCCUGAACAAUUCCAUUUCUUGUUCAAUCUUACAGUAAAACAGUGUGUUUUAGCUUUUUAUGUCCAAAUUUAGGCUAAAGGAGCUAGCAUCACACUGACCAUGUUCUUACUAAAUUUGGGUGAAAGCAGGGAAAAUUGGACUUUUUAUUUUGGCUAAACUAUCACUUUAAGGUGCUAGAGUUUGUAGUUUGUGUCGGUGGAGCUCUGACGAACAGGUCGGCUUGUCCACACCAGAAGAAAGAUAAUUUCAGGUUUCCCAGGGAUGAUCCUGAGCUUCCUCUGCAGUGACUCAGUGUCUCCUCUAAUCUUUACCAGUGAGAAAAUGUCUCCUUCUCAGUCAGACAGACGUGAUGGUCGUCUCUGUCUCGGGCAAAGUACUUGGGCAGCCUUUAUAAACUGUCCUACAUCCCUUACACACCUCAGACUUUACCGGAGCAUCUGCAGGCUGGACUGAAGAUCUGCUCACAGAUUAAUAAUGAUGGUGCAGUUUGCUGUCCUGCUGUUGUGUGUGCUCGGGCUGUCUGCAGGCUUUCCUCUGGCCCCGCCUCCCUCACCUGCUGCUCCAGGAAAUACCCUCCUGAUCCCAGUCACAAUUAUGAGCUCCUACGGGCCACAGGUGGUUCUGAUACCAGUGAAUACGGCCCAGUGGAACAUGCAGAGGAACACCAUCCCAACACCUCCAUCAGCACAAACAUACACACUCACACAGCCCCAGCAUCAGGUAAAGAAUGAGAACGCAGCGCAGGCUGAGAAUGUGAACAGUCCGUUUCUACAGCCAGACACACCGACCGACCCAGCACUGGACACACACACACUCCCUCUCCCACCUGAGGCUGCACUGCCACAGGGACAGGUGUUUCCGAUGUGGAAUUCUAUCCCCAUAGUCCCACUGCAGCCUUCACUGACUGGUCAGACUGUUUUCCCCUCUUUGUUGACCCCUGCUGGAGGAGUCGGUGGACAGACACAGGUGGUGUCAAUAAUUCGACCAGGACUGCUGUCUAACUCAGAAAGCUCAGAGGAGGGAGAUGCAAAUCAGGUGAUCUACCUGCUGCCAGUCAGUGCUGAGAUUCCCAACAUGGGAAUAGCGGAGGGCGGGCAGGGGGGUCUUGACAUCAACGCUGACCCUAAUGCUAACCCUGACCCCAACCUGGGUUACCUUCAGAACCCCACCCCCUCUCCCACACCCCUGGCUGGACUGCAGGAGACCCCCGCCCCCCUCGGCAAAGCACCCCCUGUUGUCAGUGCCACUGAGAGACCGUCUGCCGGAGUGCAGCAGAAUUCAGCACGGGGCAGCGCAGGCAGCAGGGCAGGGGCUGGUGGGGAUGUGCCAGAGGGUACUGCUAACCCCUGCCCUCAGAAGGGCAAGAGAGCUAGCUUACGGGCUAAAGGCCCUUCGCUGUGACUCACACAUGCAAAAGUGUAAUCCUCAGGCAGUAAACAGUGUUGUGUUUAUACUGAAUUAUUAAGUUAUUAUAAAUAAAUAUGUCUAGUGAAGCUGCUGGUGGCUUCAUUUUCACACCGCUGAGAUGAUGAUGAUCUAGCAGACACUGUUCAGAGCUUAAACAUCUGCUCUAGUCUGUAUGUAAUAUUCUAUUUAUACUAAAUAAUGGAAGGUUACAUGUGUUAAAUCUUGCAUGUUUGUAAUAUUAAACUGUGUUUUACAAUAAUAAAGUUUAUGAAUCUGGGUUUA